AUGCGCAUCGUUGCCCGACAAGACGACGAAUAUACCCGGCACGAGUUGUCGGACGCGACCACGCAACCACAAUGUCGUCCCGAACCGGGUCUCACGAUGUUGCCACGGCAAGGAAUGCAACUACUGUACCAGGCGACAAGAUGUAGCAGCGCGGACGGUGUAGGUCAUGCUACCCCGCUGAUAUUCUGGACAAUCGUCUCGGUUGCUGUUCUCCCGUUGCUCGCCCGUGCCCGUGCCCGCAAGCAACGCGUGGCCGAGCAAAAGUAUGCUGUACCGCCCGCUGCGGCCCUGCGGAACCGUUUCGAGAGCUCGCCUCAAGCUCCGUCGCUGCCCUGGCAGGCAGGCAGGCGACAAGUGAUUCGUUCAAUAGGGAUCUCGGAUGAAGUGGAUCCCAAACCCUGCAAGCACGUCCGACAGCCCGAGCGCCAGCGCGUGCACGUCCCACACGUCGAGAAGCUUGCCAAGACCACUCUGGAAGCUCGAAAGUCUCGAGCUCUGCUGUACUUGGCCCCGGAUGUCGGGCUGCGAAUGGCCACUGCUUCGAACAAGGCUGCAUGGAGAUUCAACAGCAGCAGCCCGAACUGCAGAACCCUCACGGAGAAAGCAGAGCACGCUGGUCGAUUCAUGUGUCUUGAGCGCGGCGCCGCUCUCUGCGCUGACUUCAAAGAAGAGGCUCGGAUGACCCGAGAUUCCGACGCACCAAGCGCACCAGCCCGAAGUCGUUUCCUUCGCACGGCGUCUUGA